AUGUUAAAUUGCCUAAGCAAGGAUAGCAAAGUGCAAUUGAGACUGAAUAUUAAACAACAUCGACAAAAACUUCUUCAAUAUUUAGAGGAUACUAAUGAUACUGUUUUAAAGCCUAAAAUCAAAUUAGUUUCAAAUGGUAUAGAAAAAUCUAAUUUGAAUUACAAUGUUAAACCAAAAAUUGCAUCUAUUACUACAGCUCAAGCCCCCAAAAUUCUACCAACCAUUAAGAUUGCAAGCUGUAGGAAUAAACCAACUAUUCAAGUAAAAAAGUAUGAAGCUGUGAUAAAUACUAAACCAACAAAUUCUGAAGUUUUGACAGAUAAUAACAUAAAUAAUACCAUAAAAAAAUACCAAACCAGAUCAAGUACUACUCUGAACCAAUCAAGUACUACUCUGAAUCAAUCAAGUACUACUUUGAAUCAAUUAAGUACUACUCUGAAUCAAUCAAGUAUUACUGUAAAUCAACUUCCACCAAACAUCAAAGUAAAUAUACAAGAUGAGCCUUUAUCAAAUUUUCAAUUAAAACCAAAACCUUUACCAAACAUUGAAAUAAAAAAUCCUGAACCUGAACCUGCAAUAAAAAAACUCAAAGAACAAUUAAUUGAAGAGUUAUUUGAUAGUUCAAGUUCUGAAGAAAGCGAUGAUAAUAUUUCUGUUGGAAAUAAUGAUGAUUGGAAUGAAUUUUAUGAAACACAUAGUGAGAGUGAUGUAGAUGACAAUGACAGCAGCAAUUUACGCCUUAUGAAAUCAGAUGGACAUAAACUGCUGGCCAAUGACAUAAGUAAAGAAAAAUAUAUGUCUGAUAGCGCCGACAGUGAUAAUCCUGUAUUGAACACAAACAAGAGAAGACGGACACGGACUGGAAAAUCUCAAUUUAAAAUUGAUCAGCCUCAACACAGGUUUAGAACACCCCUAGACAGGUCGUUACACAAUGCCAAAGAACGAGCAUGCCGAGAAAGCAUGGCGAAAAAGUUUGCUAUUCUGAGAAAAUCUUGCAGUUAUUUGAACUCUAAUAGACGUGUGCCUUCAAAACAUAGUAUACUUUUAGCUGCUAAAAAAGAAUGUGAUUUGUUGAAACGUUUUGAGAAGAAAAUGCUUGCAGAAAAAAAAAUAUUGCGUAAAACAAAUGAUAUUCUGAAGAAAAGAGUAGCUGACUUCUACGACAGUCUAUGA